UGUGUACCGGUCCUUGUGGACAGCGUGUCUUCUCCAUAUAAACAAUAACGGCGCACGCGCAGUCCGUUGUCGGCCGCGCGUGUGCUCAUGUGCGCAUCUCGCGGUAUUUAUUUAUUUAUUAGUGAUAGUGAUAGCUCGCCGUUUAGUGAUAACAAUAUUUAAGAUUAACACAACAACAAGACAGACAGCAAUAUGAUAAGAGAACCAGAGGCAUGUGGAUGCCCCAUUCGGGAAGUGGGUCCCUCCAUGGUAUCGUCGUGCCCGAACCAGUUUCUUCUAUUCAUGACGAUCCUGGAGGCCUACAUCAACGGCCGCUGUGACCUAGCGGACCCCUGCAACAGGGUCACGAGCAGGGACCCGCCAGAUGACAACUAUGACUUUGUGGUGAUCGGCGGGGGUACGGCCGGCUCUGUGGUGGCUGGCAGGCUGUCGGAAAAUCCUCAGUGGAAGGUGUUGUUAAUAGAAGCAGGUGGCGACGAACCAACCCAGUCAAGUGUACCAGCGUGGGUGACGGCAUACUGGGGCAGAGAUGACACAGACUGGCAGUACAAGACGGAGAAACAAGAGAAAGCGUGCUUGGAAGACGGCGGCCUAUGCAGUUGGCCGAGAGCGAAAAUGUUAGGUGGUUGUUCUGUGAUAAACGGUAUGAUGUACAUGCGCGGCCAGCCGGCUGAUUACGAUGGCUGGGCCGUCAACGGUGCGACGGGUUGGUCGUGGUACGAGGUGCUGCCAUACUUCCUGAGGAGCGAAGAUAAUAGGGAAAUUGGAAAUGGCGUGUCCGGACAGUCUCAUAGUACGGGGGGACCGCUACCAGUACAAAAAUUCCGUCACGCGCCGCAGUUUGCUCAUGACGUGGUAUCAGCAGCCAUCGAGCUGGGAUACCCUCCCACCAGCGACCUGAACGGAGAGUCUGUGACCGGCUUUACCAUCGCACAGGCUUACAACGAUGGUGGUUCCCGGUACAGCACAGCUCGUGCUUACCUCCGACCCGGAUCACGACGAGCAAACCUUCACGUGUUGUUGAACGCGCUUGGAUCCCGCGUCAUCAUAGACCCGGUCACCAAGAAGGUUACGGGAGUCGAGUAUAUUAAGAACGGCGAAACCAAGACUGUCAAAGUUAAUAAGGAGGCUAUUCUUUCUGCCGGUACGCUGAACUCGCCACAAAUCCUGCUCCUCUCCGGUGUUGGUUCCAAGGACACUCUGGACAAAUUCAACAUUCCAACGUUAAAAGACCUGCCGGGAGUAGGACAGAAUUUACAGAACCACGUCGGCGUUCAACUGGAUUUCACCCUGACUAAGGAGCCUCAGGUUCCCGACCUGAACUGGGAUGUCGCUACGCAGUAUCUACUGAAUAGGAUGGGUCCGCUGUCCAGUACGGGAAUGUCCCAGUUGACAGGUAAAGUGAACUCUCGCUACGCAUCAGCGGGUGGUCGGCACCCAGACGUGCAGUACUUCUUCGGCGGCUACUACGCGAGCUGCGGCGAUGGCACCGUCGUGACCCCAGAGGAACUUGACGAAAAUGCUAACAAGAGACACGUCUCGAUCGCAGCGAUAGCACUGCAGCCUCGCAGUCGAGGGUUCGUGAGCAUCAGGUCGGUGGACCCGACGCAGCCACCCAUCAUGCAGCCGAACUACUUCUACGAUGAACACGAGCUUAACGUCAUCGUUGACGCCGCCAGGAUCGCUUACAAACUUGUUAAUACAACUAUUCUUCGUGAGAAGUACGGCAUGAUCCCCACUGUGGGGUAUGGUAGCGAGUGCGAAGGUGGCGGCCCUGAACCCACUGACGAGUUCUUCAGAUGUCUGGCACAACAGAAAACAGCGCCAGAAAACCAUCAAGUGGGAACGUGCAAGAUGGGCCCCGAGUCCGAUCCUAUGGCGGUGGUGGAUAUGCAGCUCAGAGUGCACGGGAUACAAGGUCUGCGAGUCAUAGACGGCUCCAUUAUGCCUACAGUGCCAUCUGGAAACACGGCAGCGCCUAUAGUGAUGAUAGCUGAGCGUGGCGCGGAAUUCAUAAUAACUCGCCACCAGCUCUCGAAGAAGGCUCCCGGUAACCCCGGACUCCACGACCGUUUCGGCGACGACUCACAGACCUUUGAUGACGUCAGCGGCAACUACGCCAGCAAUGAGGGCCAUGAUUACGAAGGGAGUCAUGGCUGGAACCACCACCAAGGAGGCUACAACAGCCCCCAUAGCCACAAUCCCUCCACGAAACAGCCAGAAAACCAAACCAACAAGAACUACAGAUGGGAGCACCGGUGGAAGCCAUGGGACAAGAACAGGCAACAGGAGUGGCAGAACCAACCGCAACAAGACUGGCACAAAAACUGGCAACAGCAAAAAUAUCAUUCACGGUAGUUUAUUAUGAUAUAAGGUCGUAGAAUAAAGAUUUAAUUUAAGAAAUGAA